AUGGCCCGACAAGCUGAUGCUUUUAUCGCUAUUCCUGAUGGACAUAAAGGUCAAGACAAAUCAAAUCAACAGAACUCAGUUUCUUCAGGAGAUGCUUUGUUUCUUGUGCAUUGGAAAGACAGGCACCAUAUUGUUUCAAUAGCCCAAGCAGAGCAGGAGCAUGCGAGUGCCCUUCUUCGAAAGUUCAAACAGCUCGAUCCUCUUCGUUUCCAGAGCGAACCAGAUCUGACAGCAGCCGAGAGGUGGCACUCCGAUGUGGAGAAGUUUUUUGAUACUAUGGCAUGUACGACUCAGGAGUGGGUCCGGUUGGCAGUAUUUAUUCUCCAGGGCGAGGCUGAGCACUGGUGGACCUCCAUUACCCAUGUUGAAGGGCCCGACUUUGUCUGGACAUGGGAGGAUUUCGUAGACCGAUUCGAGCAGCAAUACUUCCCCGACUGCAUUCGUCGUCAGAGAGCAUUAGAGUUCGAGACUCUGGUGCAGGGGGACAUGUCCGUGGCACAGUAUGCGGCUCGUUUUGUGGCAUUAUCGAGGUUUGCACCGUAUUUGGUUAGUGACGAGAGGCAAAAGGCCCGCUAUUUUGAGAAAUGCUUACGUUACGGUCUUCGAGACCUUGUUAUUGGGCAUGAACUCCCGACUUUCCAAGCAGUAGUACGGAGGACCCAGAGUUACGAGAGUGAGUGA